AUGUCUUUUUCGGGUCCCUUCGAUCUGAAUAUAUUUUGGUCUAGUGAUCGAUCUUGUUGGGGAUAUGGGGAGAAGUUAUUUACGCCCGAUGCAACAGUUCGUAUCGAUCGAGUGUGGAGUUUCUCUGAACUUGAUAAUUAUGUACACAGGCUGUUGGAAUCUGAGAACCAACAAAUACUUCCUCUGCAAUAUGUUUUAGUCUGCACAAAUGAGUACGGCAGAAGGGGGCAAGCGCCCAUAAGAGACGACGAGUCAAUGUCAUGGAUUUACCGAGGUGCCCAUUUGCGUCCAGCAUUGUACGUAGAGAGGUGGGAGACUCGACACAACACCCUUACAGGUCUUCAGACGGAUAUGACUCUUGAACCCCAGGCAGCACCGGAAUAUCUAGUGUGGUAUCAAAAUCGCACUGUCACUUUGGUCCCCAAUCCAUCAGACUAUCGUCAGCCCCAGGGUUUUCAGGGAUCUGUUGAUUCACUACAUAUAAUGGCCAAUUUAGUACCAAACAUGCGGCAUAUUACUCUAGAUGGGCUACAACGUAAUCCAGCUGAUUCUUGGAAUCACAAUGCCUUCCUACAGCUGCACGAUUUGACACAGCAGGCAAUGACUGUCAGCAAGACAUCUGUUUGGGCUGAUAGUGAGAACCCAAGCCAAGAGUUUGUUCCAGCUGACCUAACCCAGGAGUAUAUCCCACCUAGGCCUCCCAGGACUGACCGAGACGGCUUCCAGUUAGGGAGUGGGAGAAUGAGAAAACUUGUGGCCACCCAGGAUACCGGCGGGCAGUCUUCUACCCCGCAUGUGUCUCCUUACCGUCCAGCAUCGCCACACCACCAUCCCUCUCCUCCUUUUGAGCAAAUGCAUUUUGAUUCAGAUUUUAUUAAUCUAGAUCCUAAUGCUGGGGGUUUCUUUGAGACUAGUUAUGAGGGUGGUCAUCAUAGUCAGUAUCUAGGUGGUGACGAUAUCCAUAAUGAUCAGGAAGAUGAUCAAGAUCAUGAGGAUAUUCGGGAUCAGGAGCAUGAUGAUGAUGCUGAUGAUGCUGAGCAUUCCUCUCAUGAUCAUGAUAAGGGCGCUGAUCAGGGACAGGGCCCCAGUGAUGGUACCAUGCCUUUUACACCGAUUGCUUUGGGUAAGGGACAGCGGAACAUAAAGAAGAAGAAAAAGUGCUGCAUGACAGAUUCUCGGGAGAAAAAGCGCAAGAUGUAA